AUGCGGUUCUUACCAUGGCUGAUGCCCUUUUCCUGCCCGUCAACAGAUCGCGACUCACGUUCCCGUGCAACGCACGAAUCGUACAAGGCCGCCCUUUCCACGACCUCGACCCUGUACCUAGGCAACCUCUCCUUCUACACCACUGAAGAGCAGAUUUAUGAGCUCUUCAACCGUGUCAGCCUGCCGAGCGCCGGUGGAGGGAUAAGGAGGAUCAUCAUGGGAUUGGAUAGGGUGCAGAAGACGCCUUGCGGGUUUGCCUUCGUCGAAUUCUACACCCACCAAGAAGCCCUCCUCUCGCUUCGUCACAUCUCCAGCACCAAGCUCGACGAACGCCUAAUCCGCUGUGACCUCGACCCAGGCUACACCGAAGGUCGUCAGUACGGUCGUGGUCGCUCUGGCGGGCAAGUCCGCGACGAGUAUCGCAUGGAGUACGACGCCGGUCGAGGUGGAUGGGGAGCCGGCCGUCUUCGUGAGGAGGAAGAGCGUAAGAUGCGCAUGGAGCAGGAGAGGCUCAAGGAGCAGGAGAACCUCUACAGGGAUGCCGAGAUGGAGGGCAGGGAGUUUGCUGGUCAGACUGGUGCAACUAUUCCUGGUGGUGCAGAGGCGGAGUACUUUGAGAGUGAGAGGAGGGAGCGCGAGGCAGACACUAGUGUUGCGAGCGUGGGGAGGAAGAGAGGGAGGGAUGGGGAUGAGGGGGAUAGUGAUGAUGAUGAUGAGGGGGGUAAGAGGAGGAGGGCCAGGAGUGAAAGCGAAUAG